UCUCUCUCUCUCUCUCUCUCACAACACAACUCUCAAAAAUCCUCUAAUUUUAUUUUCCCAUUUUACCCUUCCUCCUCCUCCGAAUUUUCCAAAACCUCUGCGCCACACUCUUAACCUCACCGCAGAUGUAUCGUAUACUGACUACGACGACAUGAUGAAGCUGAACACCACUCACUCUCUCCUCCUCCUCUUCUUCCUCUUCUCCUUCUCUCAUUCUCUCUCAAUCUCAUCCAAUGCUCCUCUCUCUUACAACGAAGUCAGAUUCAUCCAACGCCGUCAACUUCUCUACUACCGCGACGAGUUCGGCGACCGCGGCGAGAACGUCACCGUAGAUCCAUCACUAGUCUUCGAGAAUCCGAGGCUUCGUAGCGCUUACAUAGCUUUACAAGCUUGGAAACAAGCUAUCCUCUCUGAUCCUAACAACAUCACUUUGGAUUGGAUCGGAUCCAAUGUCUGUAGCUACACCGGAGUUUUCUGUUCUCGCGCUCUCGAUAAUCGCCGGAUCCGUACCGUCGCCGGAAUCGAUCUCAACCACGCCGAUAUCGCUGGGUAUUUGCCUGAGGAGCUUGGUUUGUUGACAGAUGUGGCUUUGUUUCAUGUUAAUUCGAAUCGUUUCUGUGGUACUGUGCCUCGUAAGUUCAAGCAGCUUAAGCUUUUGUUUGAGCUUGAUCUCAGUAACAACAGAUUCGCCGGGAAGUUUCCGACGGUGGUUCUUCAGUUACCGUCGUUGAAGUUCUUAGAUCUCCGGUUUAAUGAGUUCGAAGGAACCGUACCGAAGGAGCUUUUUAGUAAACCUUUAGAUGCGAUUUUCAUUAAUCAUAACCGGUUCCGGUUUGAGUUACCGGAAAAUUUAGGUGAUUCUCCGGUUUCGGUUAUCGUUCUUGCGAAUAAUCAUUUCCACGGUUGUGUUCCGACGAGUUUGGUUGAGAUGAAGAAUCUUAAUGAGAUUAUUCUGAUGAACAAUCAUCUGAAUUCUUGUUUGCCGGCGGAUAUCGGAAGGUUGAAGAACGUGACGGUGUUUGAUGUUAGUUUUAAUGAGCUUGUUGGUCCGUUGCCGAAGAGUGUUGGUGGUUUGGUGGAGGUUGAGCAGUUGAAUGUGGCUCAUAAUUUGUUGUCUGGGAAGAUUCCGGCGAGUAUUUGUCAGCUUCCCAAGCUUGAGAACUUCACUUAUAGUUAUAAUUUCUUUACUGGUGAAGCUCCUGUGUGUUUGGGGUUGUCUCAGUUUGAUGAUCGGAGAAAUUGUUUGCCGGGGAGACCUGCUCAGAGAUCUUCACGGCAAUGUUCAGCUUUCUUGUCACGGCCGCCGGUCGAUUGUGGAUCUUUUAGUUGUGGUCGUUCUGUUUCACCGUCUCCUCCUAUUGUAGCAUUACCGCCGCCUCCUCCUCCAUCGCCACCUUUACCUCCACAAGUCUACUCUCCUCCGCCGUCGCCUCCUGUUUUCUCUCCGCCACCGUCUCCCCCUGUCUUCUCUCCCCCGCCACCUCCGCCGCCUCCACCGCCACCAGUUUAUUCACCCCCUCCUCCACCACCGCCGCCACCACCUCCACCUCCAUCACCACCACCACCAGUAUAUUCUCCUCCUCCACCACCACCUCCGCCACCACCAGUUUAUUCUCCUCCUCCGCCACCACCGCCAGUAUAUUCAUCUCCCCCACCACCUGCUCCAAUAUAUUGCGUUCGCCCUCCACCACCGCCAUGUCCCUUACCUCCGCCACCACCACACUACUCACCUCCACCACCGCCACAUUACUCUUCUCCCCCACCGCCACAUCACUCACCUCCUCCACCUUACUACUACAGUUCACCACCGCCACCGCAUCACUCACCGCCUCCACCUUAUCACUACAGCUCACCACCGCCACCCCAUCACUCACCGCCUCCACCUUACCACUACAGCUCACCGCCACCACCAGCACCAAUUUAUACAUACUCAUCCCCACCGCCACCACCACAUUCUCCACCACCGCCACAUUCCCCACCACCGCCCCCACAUUAUUCACCUCCUCCACCACCUCCAUGUAUCGAACCACCUCCACCUCCACCUUGCAUAGAGUACUCACAUCCUCCUCCACCGACAGUCCAUUACAGUUCGCCACCGCCGCCACCAUCAGUCCAUUACAGUUCGCCACCGCCGCCACCAUCAGUCCAUUACAGUUCGCCACCGCCGCCACCAUCAGUCCAUUACAGUUCACCACCGCCACCAUCAAUCCACUACAGUUCACCACCACCUCCAUCUCCAGAAUUCGAAGGUCCAUUACCGCCUGUUAUCGGAGUAUCAUAUGCAUCUCCACCACCACCACCCUUCUAUUGAUUCUUUCAGAGGUAAACCGUUUCAAUUACUCUUUAUCAAAAAAAAAACAAGACUUCGUUCAUAGAUUAUUUACAGAGAUCAAAAAAAGAGAACAGAUUUUAAGAGUGAUCAAGAUUGUCUAGAAGAAGAAGAUGAUUUAUUCCGAUGAAAAUAAGUGAGAUUAUUAUUAUUAUUAUUAUUGUUAUUAGGGGAUUCCAGGAAGGAAGAAAAACGAANAAAAACAAAAAAAAAAAAAAAAAAAGUUUGUAUAGAGGAUGAUGAUAAAAUCGGGGAGCAACAUCUUCUGCUCCAUUUGUUUUUCUUUCAUUUUGUGUCUUUUUUUUUUCUUCAGAUUAAUUUUAUUUUUAUUUUUGUGUUCUAUUCAGAGAGUUCCUAAUUCCGUAGUGAAAAACUCGACCACAUUUUUCUCUUUUUUUGGGGUUUCUGUUUUGAUCUUAUCAGAAGAAGAUCUUUAGGCUUCUUACAUUAGUUCACUUGUUUCUUGCCAUAUUUAUCGAAUAGAACCAUAAACAAUAAGAUUCGUAA